AUGCCGCCAAAGAAUAAGAAAAAGGGCCAGAAGCCCCAAAAGCCAGCUGCCUUCAAUGAAGCAGCACUUUCCCAAUUGACAGCCAAGAUCGAGUCGAGCUUGGGUCAGCCCAAGGAGCAACGACCUGAGAAGAGAAAGCGCAAUGACCACGACAGUAAAGACUCCACACCGAACAAGCGACGGGCCCAGGAGCCAAAGGGUUCGAAACAUCAGCCCAAGAAGGCGGCGAAGGAGAGCUCUUCAUCUCUGCUUGAUGAGAUCAGGCUAUUAGGAGGAGAUGAAGCCGAUCUGGAUCUCAUUACCGGUGUCGAUUCGGAUGCUGAGGACGGGCAAGCCAACGCCGGCAAGCCUUCAGCCGACGUUGAUAAGUCGUUUCAGAAGGAGCUGGCAAAAUUCGCAUCAGGCCUUGGGUUUGAAAAAGUGCGUGAAGAGAGUGUUGCUGCAGAUGAUGAGCCAGAAGAAGAAGUUGAGGGUGAGGAUGAAGACGAAGAGGACUUGGAAGAAGUGAGCAGCUUUUCAGACGACGAAGACGCCGCUGGGCAGCCUACUACAGCUCUAGAGCUGCCACAAGCUCCUGAAAAGCCUCAAAACAAGAAAAUGAAGGGCAAGUUGGAAUUUGAGGCUCGACCCGAUUGGCAUGCUGCUGACCUAGACGAGUUGCCGCCGCCCACUUCGGAUGACAUUCGCAACUUCUCAGCUGCUAUCAACAAUUUAAAGACAUACGCCCAAUCCUUGUUAGAGGCAGAUGCAACAACCUAUAGUGCAAUGGUGGCUUCUUCAUCUACACAAAAGUUCAUGUCUACGAUCAUGUCAUCUGGAACAAUGUCCGACAAAGUGUCUGCGUUGACGCUAGCUAUUCAGGAAUCGCCUGUUCACAGCAUAAAAGCCCUUGAGAAUCUCAUAGGUUUGGCUGGUAAGAAGAGCCGUGGUCAGGCUAUUGCCGCAUUGGGGGCAUUAGUUGAUCUUCUCGGCAACGGCGUAUUACUACCAAGCGACAGGCGUUUGCGACCUUUUAAUAUGCAACCUGGACUUCUAGGAGCUCUUCAGAAGCACUCAGCAAAUUUUUGGAAACCCGGUCAGAAUCUGCCUGGCAAGUUGACGAAAGCCCAUCUGAUUGUGUGGGUUUUUGAAGAUUGGCUCAAAGAUGCCUACUUUCGGGUGAUCCAAUUGCUAGAAGUCUGGUGCAACGAUGAGAUUGAAUACUCAAGAUCGAGAUCUCUUGACUUCGUAUUUGGGCUUCUGAGAGAUAAGCCAGAGCAAGAGGCAAAUUUGCUCAGGUUGCUCGUCAACAAGCUCGGUGACAGAGAACGCAAGAUUGCGUCGAGAGCUUCAUACCUUCUGCUGCAGCUGCUCAAUAUCCACCCUGGUAUGAAACCUGUUGUCAUUAGCACAAUGGAACAGGAGGUCAUCCUUAGGCCUGGACAAAGCCUACGGACUAAAUACUACGCCGUUAAUACACUCAACCAGACCAUUCUCAGCAGCAAGGAGCCAUCGGUAGCAGAAACACUCGUACGGAUAUACUUUGAACUAUUCGUCUCUCUCCUCAAGAUGGGCGUUCUAGGCGUUGGCGCGCCAGCUGAAGUGAAUGGAACUUCCGACGCAAAGCAGGGCAAGAGAAAGAACUUUAAGAAGAGCAAGCCCAAUGCUGCACCUGCUGCUGGUGCAGAGUCCGAAACCGCAGAAAAGCUGGUUUCAGCUAUCCUUACUGGUGUCAACCGUGCUAUUCCUUUCGCUAUGACCGAUGAAUCUACAUUGGAAAAACAUAUUGAUACCCUGUUCAAGAUUACCCAUUCGUCAAAUUUCAACACCAGCAUCCAGGCCCUGAUGCUGAUACAACAACUAUCUAUCUCAAAACAUUUGGUCGUCGACCGAUUUUACCGGACACUAUAUGAAUCGCUUUUGGACCCUCGACUGGUCACGUCAUCGAAACAGUCUAUGUAUCUGAACCUUCUCUUCCGGUCACUGAAGAACGACGUCGAUGUUAGGCGUGUGAAGGCCUUUGUGAAGAGAAUGUUACAGGUCAUUCACUUGCACCAGGCUCCCUUCGUCUGCGGCAUACUAUUCAUGAUUGCACAGCUAGAGAAUACAUUCCCUGAUCUCAAGACUCUCAUCAACGAACCAGAGGAGGAUCUGGAUGAUGGGGAAGAGGUAUAUCGGGACGUACCUACUGAUGCUGCUGUGGAGGGAGAGACGCCGGCCAAGGAGCCCCAGCGUCCUUCGACUGCCUAUGAUGGCCGCAAGAGAGAUCCACAGUACAGCAAUGCGCAGAACAGCUGUCUGUGGGAAGUGAUGCCCUAUUUCCAUCACUUCCAUCCAUCAGUCGCUGUCUUUGCGGCUAAUAUUCUGGCCCGUCAGAAAGACCUCCCCAAGCCCGAGCUCGCAAAUCAUACGUUGAUGCACUUCCUUGACAAGUUUGUGUAUCGCAACCCGAAGGCAACGGACGGCAAACGUGGAGGCUCUAUUAUGCAGCCUGUCCUUGCGACCGGCAGUGCUGCAAACGCGAAUGCGGGCUCCAAGCAGCAGGCCACCGUCAACUCCGCUGCAUUCUGGAACAAGAAGCAGGAGGACAUCGCUGCGGAAGAUGUCUUCUUCCACGAGUACUUCAACCAAGUUGGCAAGCCGGCACAAGCUGCUACGAAGGCAGCCAAGGCCAAGAAGGCGACCGCUGAGGACGAUGAGGAAGAAGAAGCUGAAGAGGAGAUCUGGGAAGCUCUCGUCAACUCUCGUCCUGAGAUUGGCGGCGAAGAUGACGAGGAUGUCGACUUGGACAUGGGCAGCGAUGAUGAGUCUGACCUUGCGGACCUACUCAACAUAUCCGACGACGACGAGGAUGAUGAUGUGUCGCUCGGCUCCGAGGUCGAUGGGGUUGACGAAGCUGACGAGGCGGUGUCCGAUGACGGAGAGGAUGGCGGAGUAUGGGUUGACGCCGACGCCUCGGAGGACAGCGACACUGAGCUUACGGACAAGAAGAAGAAGAGAAUGAGCAGGAAGGAGUUCAAGAGUCUGCCGACAUUCGCCUCCGCAGAUGACUACGCAGAGAUGCUCGCUGCGGAAGAAAUGGAUUAUUAG